AUGGAGGUGGAAUCGGGACGGGAUGAGUACACACUGCAGCCGUACGAGCACCGCAGGAUGAGGAGAGUCCUGGCCUGGGUCAGGCAGAACCUUCUCCUUCUCUUCACCUUAGUAGGAGUCAUCAUGGGCAUCGUACUGGGCCUGGUCCUGCGUCUAGCCGAACCCUCUGAGGAUGCCAUACUACUGAUUGGUUUCCCCGGAGAUAUCUUGAUGAGGCUUCUAAAGAUGCUCAUCCUGCCGCUAAUUGUGGCCAGUCUCAUCUCAGGUCUUACCGGCUUGGACACAAAGGAAAGUGGGAAGCUUGGUCUUCGUGCUCUGGUCUACUACUCAGUGACGACGUGCAUCGCUGUCAUCAUUGGAAUCAUCUUGGUGCUGAGUAUACAUCCUGGAAAGGCCGAGACCAAGGCUUCACUGGGACAGUUUGGGAAAAAGCAGGACAUGACCACAAUGGAUGCCAUUUUAGAUCUACUCAGAAACAUGAUGCCUGUCAACCUGGUGCAAGCAUGCUUCGAACAAUCAACAACAAUGUAUGUGAUGGAGGAGCAGUUCGAAAACAUUUUAGUCAACAAGACCAUGAACGACACCAUGGCUUCUCUGAAUGACACCAUGGGUCUGAUGAACGACACCGGCGACACGGUCACCACGGAUCCCAUGAACACCAUGGAAAUGAUGAUCACCGAUAACCCCGUCACCUCUGCCAAGUAUGAGACUAUCAGCCUGGGGUUUAAGAAGGUGCGCAAGAUUGGCUACAAGGACGGAAUGAAUGUACUGGGCAUUGUUACAUUCUGCAUUGCGUUUGGCUUGCUCCUGAGCCGUAUGGGAGAGAAAGGACGUGUCAUGGUCGACUUCUUUGACAUCUUGGCUGAACUUACCAUGACGCUGGUCAACCUUAUCAUGUGGUAUUCUCCCAUCGGCAUCAUGAGUCUGAUCUGUGCCAAGAUCCUGAGCAUGAAGAGACCCGAGUUAGUCUUCGUCCAGCUGGGCAUGUACAUGGUGACGGUCAUCGUUGGUCUCAUCAUCCACUUCGGAUGUCUCAUGGGUAUCUACUUUGCCAUCACUCGCAAGAAUCCAUUUUUGUUCUUCAAGAACAUGCUGCAGGCCUGGCUCAUGGCAAUCGCCACUUCCUCCAGUGCUGCUACCCUUCCCGUCACCUUCCGUUGUCUGGAAGAGAAUAACAAGAUUGACCGACGAGUGACGCGCUUCGUGGUACCCAUCGGCGCUACAGUCAACAUGGAUGGCACGGCAUUGUAUGAAGCAGUGGCAGUUAUCUUCAUUGCCCAAAUGAAUGGAAUCCCUCUCAGUGUUGGACAAGUCAUCACUAUCAGCUUGACCGCCACACUUGCAAGCAUUGGAGCUGCUAGUAUCCCCAGCGCUGGUGUAGUCACAAUGCUGUUGGUUCUGACUGCCGCUGGCUUGCCAACUAAUGAUGUCAGCAUCAUUCUCUUAGUGGACUGGUUCUUGGAUCGCCUGCGUACCUCUGUUAACGUCCUGGGCGACUCCUACGGGGCAGGCAUCGUCUACCACCUCUCCAAGAAGGAACUGGAAGCCCAAGACGCGGCCUUGGCUGCCCAAGAAGCAGCAGAGUACGCCGACGCAAACCAUCACAGCAAGAUGGAUACCUCCAAUCGCAACUCUAUGGAGGUCGUGGAUCGGGAACAACACAAGAAGAUGGACGGCGAUACAGCGAGAGAGACCAACUUCUAAACAAGUUGUCCUCCAAUGGACCGAUUCAUUAAUAUUCCCUACUUCCCCAACCCUUCUUUUUCCAACUUGUACACACACAAAAAACAAUCAUAAAAGUCUGUCUGUGGUUUUCUGGGCAAAUGAAGAGAUAAGGUAGUCUUGGCCAUUUGUGAAAGCUUGGCUUGUCUCCAGCUGUGGCAAUGCUUUUUAAAAGGCUCCAUCUCAAAGUAGGUCCGUUGUUUCCCCUCGACAGGAACAUCAAGUGGUACACUACGAAGCAGUUUCAAUUUGUUCACCACCUAAAGCCUACACAUGGUUCCAGAGCCAUAAACAGAUCCAAAGUUGCAGACGAAGUCAAGGUUUUAGAAAUGGCCCUUGUAAUAACCUGUAUUCCAUUGUCUUUGUAUUGUGUGUUCCUUUUAGGGCAUUUGUAUGUCAAUUUCUAUGGCGGCCAUUGUACAUGUGCUAGAUUAUGGACCACUGUACCCGAGUUUGCAAGACCAGCGUUUCCUGCCUACAGCAUGUGUCCAGUAUACACAGAAAUACCCAGAUUUCUCCUUCAUUCCAAAUGUGGAGAUAUGGAUUCUAAUUUGGUAAAAAAGAAACGCACUCUGUACCCCACGUGUGGUGUAAUUUGGUGUGCCAUUCCCUUACUGGAAAGUUUGAAUACAUAACCUGUCUGAGUUGUAUGUAAAAAAAAAACACCAAAAAACAAAACAGCGCAAUUCAAAAUGGAACCCCAACCUAUCCCUAAGAAAUUUGUGCUUGUGAUUAAAAAAAGAUAGACUUGAUGUUUCCUUCCCUAAUAAGUAAGACAGGGUGUGCUUGAAUGUGUCGAUGUUUUUGUAUUCAAAACUUUUGUCACCUUUUCUAAGAAAAAAAAUAACAAUGCACCGCACCAUUUUAUUUCAAUUUUGUCAUUUUUUUUACCUGAUUAGAACUGUUUUGUCAGAUAUGGAACUGUCUUCAAGUAGACGUAAAGUCGACCUUGAUCAUUGAAAAGUGUGCGUCCGUGAGUCAGAAAUGUUCCUUUUAGUGUAAAAUUGUAUAUUUAGGAAUGAUUGAGAGUUGGAGGAUUGUCAACUAUAGUUUUUCAAGAGUAGCUUUUGUUCUUAGUAGUAUUUUCGUUUGGAAUAAUCAUGUUAAUCAUCACAACUUUGUUUGUUUACAUCAUCUCUUGCUAACUUUGUAGUGUAUUGCUGGUAUACUAAGCUCAUUUGUACCGAGCUCUUUUUGUACAUUGGACUGUUUCGUAUGAUUUAGAUAUAUAACUCUGAUCAGUUAGUGAAUUGUGAUUAAGAUUUAAAAGUAAUGUUUACAUUUUUAGUCUGGUUAAACGACCAAUAUCUAAACAAACUCAUAGCAAUAAUGACGUGAAUAUAAAGAGUGUGGUGAAAUGUCGAAAACCUGUAGAUAGGUGUUGAAUUUGUGGACAUGAGAAUUGUACUCCAAAAAAAAAAAAAAGUAACCAAGAUCCAAACGUAUUCUUCCGCAACCUUUGUGUACCAAAACUGAUAUUGUAUUUGAUAUUGUAAUUUACCAGUAUAAAUAAAAUUGCAGUUUGUGUGGGUAUAUUUUGGCUCUAGAACCAAUUGAGGACUCGUGCUAGGCCGUUGCAUGUUCACAACCUGAAUGAUGGUUGCAAUCACGGUCAACGUAACAAAACGUAGGAAGUGCGUAUCUGAACAAACUUCAAAACGCACUACAGUUACAAAAAAAAAGAGUUGAAACGGUGGAAAGAGGUUACCUUUUUAGAGUCCGGUUUUUCAUUUAGGUGCAAACAAGGCCUAGUGGGUGAUUUGAGUGUGGAAAGUUUGUAAUGCUAUUGAACAAUCCCAGCACGCUGUCAAUUCUAUCACGAAGGCCUCCUUCGAUGGCAAAAGCGUUGUGCUAGCUAUUGCUCAGAUAGUCCGUCAUGGGGCAGUAGUUUGUACCAUAGCAUGCACAAUGGUUUCGCCAUUAAAGGGGGCCUCGUGUGUGAACAUUGACCGUGUGCCUGGAUUCGUCUAGAGACACAAUGCUCAAGUAUGUUAUUAUACUUCAUGGACCUACCUCAGUUAUGGUCAAGACAUUGUGGCGACUUUUAUUAAUAAUAGUGUCCACAUUGUCACAACAUAACUUAGAUAUGUGUCCAAUGUGCACUUAGAUUUGCAUAGAGGUGUGGAUUAAACAUGGAUGAUGAAAAGAAAGUUUUGAAAUUGUUUUGGUGAUAUAGCACAUGGUGCAUAUAUUCUCUGUUUCAGUUUGGUGCGUUGGAAAUACAGUAUACUGAGAAUUUAGAAUGAGCCAAUCAGAUCACAGCUCUCUCACUCAAACACACAAAAUACACCUCAAGACAGCUGUGAGGGUGGAUCUAAUUGGCUGUUUGUUUCCAUAGUCGUUUUCUGUAAAUAUAUAAUAUGUAUCAACUGUUAAUACUAAGUGCAUAUAUAUGACUAUAUUAUAAAAAAUAACAAAAAUAUGUAUUAUACUACUAACAAAGUUGCAUGUGUAUUUCAUACGUAUCAGGGUGUUCUAAACAAACAAAGUACAGAGUUGUCAGACCCUUCCUUUAGUUUUGAACAUUUUUUGAAGUGAAAAUGAGAAAUUAUCAUGAUUUUGUUUUAUUUCACGGGUUUGCCAUUUCAUGGGUUUGCACUCGCUGGAAAUCAUGCACAGUUUUAAGAAUUGUAUUAACCCAUUAGUCACUACUGCCCCAAUACGCCCUCAUUAUUACUCCCCAAACCACCCCUCCAUGGUUGUAUGGAUACAUCAGAAGAAUAAACACAAUGUAAUACAAUGUAGUACAGUUGCUAAUGGGUUACAAUACUAAUAUCAAGAUUCAUUUAAGUGUGUAACACAAGGAUUUGAGUUUGAAUGAG